AUGGUCGACGUCGACCGCCGCCCGCCGCUGCCGCACGGCCUCCCGCGCCCGCCCUCCCACGCCGCCGGCCUCCGCCGCCUCUCCACCCGCGCCUCCGCCCCCACCACCCCGCGCGCCCAACCCACGCCGUGUCCCUCCUCCGCCGGCGCCGCGGCAGCUCCCUCCCCGCCCGCCGUCCUCGCUCACCUGGCGGCCGCGGGAGUCAACGUCCUCCCGGGACUAUCCGAGCCCGAGCUCGCCCACGCCGAGGCCGCGCUCGGCGGCCUCCAGCUCCCUCCCGAUCUCCGCGACCUCCUCGCGAUCGGCGUGCCAUCCGGGGAAGGGUUCCCGGACUACCGCUCCCUCGCCGGGCUCCGCCUCCUCCGCUUCGCCGCGGAGGAGGUCCCCGCUGCCGUCGCCGCGGCGCUGCCGGUUCUCCCCGGCCGCCGGGUAGGGCGCUGCUCGCCGCCCCCGCCUCCUCUCGUGCCGCUCUAUGGCCGGCAUUACGUGCCGGCCGUGCCCUGCCUCGCCGGGAACCCCGUGUUCCACGUCUCGGACUCCGGCGUCACCGUCGCCGGCGCGAACAUCGCGACGUUCCUCCUCCGCGCAUUCACCGCCGAGCCGCCCCGCGGCGCGCCCCUCCGUCGCCAGCUCUCCGCCCCGAUGCCCCCUCCGGCGGCGCCGUCCCCCGCGCCGCCGCCGUCCACCGCCCGGCGGAGCCUAGACUCCGCCACGGGCAAGGCACCGCGCUGGAUCGAGUUCUGGACCGACGCCGCGGCGGCCGGCGACCGUUUCGUGGAGGUCACCACGAACGCCACCAAGAGCACCACGGCGAAGGCGCCGCCACGCGUGCCCCAGUGGGUGCGGUCCUACCUGGAGUGGGCGGGAUCCGUGCUGCGGCGCGGUGGGUGGGGCGGCGGCGAGGUGGAGGAGAUGACGGCAGGAGCCGCUGAGGAGGAGGAGGCGGCGGCACUGGCGCUAACCGUGGACCGGUGCUGCGGCGAGCUGGCGAGGGCGGGGUGGGGCGCGGAGGAGGUGGUGGAGGCGCUGGGCGAGCUGCUGGGGCCGAGGACGAGGAGGAGGAGGGCGGCGGUGGCGCUGCCGCCGGACGUGGCGGCGCGGGUGGGGAGGCUCGCCGAGGCCGUGUCGCGGGCGGUGUUUCCCGGGUCGGCGUCGGGCGGCAACCCGGAACCCGCCAAGAGGCGAUUUUGAAAACCGGGAAAGCCUCUCCCUUUUUUUUUUUCAUCUUCUCUUUCUCGCUGUAGUUUUGCAGACAGCGGUAGCUAGUACUAUGCUUCAGUGUUUAUCUGUGUAUAAUUGAAUAGUACAAGAGGCACUGUUUGCAUGUGCCUGAGUAGGCACCAUUCCAUGUUAAUACACCAACCCAGGACUCAAAUAAUCCUAUGUGUUUAUUUUUAUUUCAAUUCCAAUACAGCAAGGUUCUCAGAGGUUGU